GGUUUGUGACGCUACGACGACUUUGACCAGUAGACCAGCCUUCAAUCCUGUCCCUUCCCUGGGAAGCGGCUUCAUCCCAGUCCUCCCAAGGGGAGUCCGUACCUCCAACUUGAGCCUCUGCAGAAACUGCAGAGCUGGCAGGAGCCUGUGACCUUUGAGGAUGUGGCUGUGAACUUCACUCUAGGAGAGUGGGCUUUGUUGGAUUCUAGUCAAAAGAAGCUCUACAGAGAUGUGAUGACAGAAACCUUUAUGAACCUGAUCUCCAUAGGUAAAACAAAGGAAAAAGAAAACAUUGAAGACAACUAUCAAAAUCUCAGGAAAAAUGUGAGAACUCAGGUGGUUGAGAGAAACUGUGACUACGGCGGUGGCAGUCAGUGUGGGGAAACCCAGCAGCAGAUUUCAGAGCCUACUGCUCAAAGAGACACGCCUCCCGCCACGACGCUAUUUGAAACCGGUGUGCUUGCCAGAGACAGUAUUGUUCAUUCUCCCUCACGUGUGCACCUCGGAUGCGAAAUUACAGAGAAACCAUAUGGGUCUCAGGAACAAGUGGAGAAAGCUUUUACACGUGAGAAAUGUUGGAAAGAUUUAACUUAUUCUGAGUUCUUUCAGGCAAAUCAAAGUCCUCCUAGAGAGACAGCCAGUCAAAAUAAGCGAUCUAGUGCAGUCUGUAGGAGUCUCAAUUUCCAUCCGUGUUGUGAGAGAAUUCACACUGGAGAUAAACUCCACGAAUGGAAGCAAGUUGAGAGAGCCUUUUGGAGGUACAGUUAUGGUCAGAUAUAUGAAAGAGUCACCAUUGGAGAUAAACCAUUUGUGUGCACGCAGUAUGACGAAACCUUGGUUAAUUCCAGUCACCUUAUUAAACAUGAACUAAUUCACCCCGAAGAGAAAUGUUACACAUGUAAGCAGUGUGGGAAAGCAUUCAGAUAUUCCUCGUCCCUCCAGAACCACGAAAGGAUUCAUAGUGGGGAAAGGCCGUAUGUAUGUAAGCAGUGUGGAAAAGCAUUCAUUCGUUCCUACGACCUUCUCAUCCAUGAAAGAAUUCACAGUGGAGAAAAACCUUACACUUGUGAGCAUUGUGGAAAAGCGUUCACCCACUACAGUGGCUGGUACAGUCAUGAAAGGAUUCACACCAGGGAGAAACCCUAUGUUUGCACCCAGUGUGGGAAAGCGUUUUCAUGUUCUACAUCUUUUCGGAGGCAUGAAAGAAUUCACACCGGUGAGAAACCUUAUAUAUGUAAGCACUGUGGAAAAGCCUUCACCCAUUCCAGUGCUCGUUACAUUCACGAGAGAAUUCACACCGGAGAGAAACCCUAUGUUUGCAAGCAUUGUGGAAAAGCAUUUCUUCGCGGGAGCCAUCUUCACAACCAUGAGAGAAUUCACACUGGAGAGAAGCCCUAUGUUUGCAAGCAUUGUGGGAAAGCCUUCAUCCAGCGUGAUGCUUGUUAUAAUCAUGAAAGAAUUCACACUGGAGAGAAACCAUAUGUAUGUCAGGAAUGUGGGAAAGCCUUCAGGAUUUCCACAUCCCUUCGUGAUCAUGAAAGAAUUCAUACUGGAGAAAAACCUUAUGUGUGUAAUUAUUGUGGGAAAGCAUUUAGGGUUUCCACAUGCCUUCACAAACAUGAAAGAGCGCACAUGGAUAAGAAACCCAGUGGGUAGAGCCUAAAUCCGUGUACAUCAUGUGGAAUUGUCUUUGAUCAACUUGCUGUUGUUGUGGGGUAUGGAAAAAACAGUGUGGAGAGCCAGUGAGAUGGCUCGGGGUAAAAGCACUUGCCGUCAAGCCUGAUAGAGCUGGGUCCUCAGAACCCAUGUGAACAGGGAGAACUGAGUCCCCAAGGCUUUCCCCUGACUUGCACCCAUGUGCCAUCAUUUGCAUGCACAAUCUCCCACACAUAUAGAAAUAAAUGGGAUAUUUUAAAAUGCUUUUUUUUUAAAAAAAAAAAAAUUGGUUUGUUCAAGACAGGGUUUCUCUGUGAAGCCCUGUCUGUCCUGGACUUGCUCUGUAGAACUCAGAG